UUGCAAUUUUGAAUUUUAUUUUAGUGUGGCAACAUCAAAAAGUGAGUGUUCUUUCGUCGUGUGCCGGUUUCCAGAUUUUCGGCUCCCAUAUUUAUCUUUAAAUUGAAUUUAAGUUAGAACACUAGUACAAGAUGCAUAGCGAACCGAUGUUACAACUUAUACAAAUAUUGGAAAAGACAAUAUCUCCUGAUCGAAAUGAGUUGGAAGCAGCAGAAAAAUACCUUGACCAUGCAGCGGCCACAAACUUCACAGCAUUCAUCAAGAUGCUGUCAGACGUGCUGGCACAAGGCGGCAACAGUCAGGUGGCGCGCAUGGCGGCCGGCUUGCAGCUCAAGAACCACCUCACAUCCAAAGAUGCCUCACUUAAGCAACAGUACCAGCAGAGGUGGCUUGCCCUACCAGACGAAACUAGGCAAUAUAUUAAAAAAAAUAUCCUAUUAGCAACUGGCACUGAAGACACCCGGCCCAGUUCUGCAGCACAGUGUCUUGCAUAUGUGGCGGUGGCUGAACUCCCGGUGGGCCAGUGGAAUGACCUUAUUCCUAACUUGGUGGAAAAUGUUGUUAAUGCUCAAUCUACUGAACUAAAGAAGGAAGCCACUUUAGAAGCCAUUGGGUACAUUUGCCAAGACAUUGAUGCUGAAGUGCUGACAGAGCAGAGUAACCACAUCCUAACAGCCAUUAUCCAUGGCAUGCGGUCCACGGAGCCCAGCAACCAUGUGCGACUGGCUGCCACACAGGCUCUGCUCAACUCACUUGAGUUCACUAAGGCUAACUUUGAUAAGGAAAAUGAGAGGAACUUCAUUAUGGAGGUUGUAUGUGAGGCUACACAGUCAUCUGAUAUGAGGAUAAGUGUAGCAGCACUGCAGUGCUUAGUAAAAAUUCUAUCAUUAUACUACCAAUACAUGGAGCCGUACAUGGGCCAAGCACUGUUCCCCAUCACCCUGGAGGCGAUGAAGUCUGAAUGCGACGACAUAUCACUGCAGGGCAUUGAGUUCUGGUCCAAUGUCAGUGACGAAGAAAUUGACCUCGCCAUUGAGGAGGCUGAGGCUGCGGAUGCGGGUCGUCCUCCAGUACGAACCUCGAGGUUUUACGCGAGAGGUGCUCUACAAUACUUAGCACCGGUGCUAAUGCAAAAGCUCACCAAACAAGAUGACACUGAUGAUGAAUUGGAUUGGAACCCUUCAAAGGCUGCCUCCGUCUGCCUAAUGCUCCUGUCUAACUGCUGCGAAGACGAGAUCGUUCCACACGUCCUGCCUUUCAUAAAUCUAAAUAUCAAACAUGAUACUUGGCGGUUCAGGGAAGCCGCCCUAAUGGCCUUCGGUUCAAUAUUAGGCGGCCUUGAAUCGAAUACUCUCAAACCCCUCGUCGAGAAGGCCAUGCCGACCCUCAUCGAGGCCAUGUACGACUCCAGCGUCGCCGUGCGGGACACGGCAGCCUGGACCUUCGGAAGGAUUUGCGAAAUCGUUCCAGAGGCAGCUAUCAAUGAAACUUAUCUCAAACCCUUGCUAGAGAGUCUCGUCAACGGACUAAAGGCUGAACCUCGUGUCGCGGCAAACGUUUGCUGGGCAUUCACCGGAUUAGCAGAGGCCGCGUACGAAGCCGCGGAUUGUGGCGAAUCCAACCAGCCUAAAACUUACUGUAUGUCAAAAUACUUCGAUUUCAUCAUUGAACGUCUGUUGGAGACCACUGACCGCCAAGACGCCGCCCAACACAACUUGAGAUCGGCCGCCUACGAGGCGCUCAUGGAGAUGGUCAAGAAUUCUCCCUCGGAUUGCUACAUCACCGUACAAAAGACGACGAUGGUUAUUUUGGAACGACUGAAUCAAGUCUUACAGAUGGAGAAUCAUAUUUCUAGCCAAGCGGAUCGCUCGCAAUUCAACGACCUGCAGAGCCUUCUCUGCGCGACACUUCAAUCUGUGUUACGUAAAGUGACCCCUGAAGAUGCGCCGCAAAUAUCUGACGCCAUCAUGAUGGCGCUUCUCACUAUGUUCGCCAGCAACGCUGGCAAGGCUGGAGGCGUUCAAGAGGACGCUCUUAUGGCCGUCUCUACCCUAGUUGAAGUGCUAGGAGAAGGUUUUCUAAAAUACAUGGACGCCUUCAAAAGAUAUCUUUAUGUUGGACUUAAGAAUCAUCAGGAAUAUCAAGUAUGCAUAGCUGCUGUUGGAUUAACUGGAGAUAUUUGCAGAGUACUGAAAAGUAAGGCACUCCCCUACUGUGACGAGAUUAUCCUGCUGCUGUUGGAGAACCUCGGUGACCCGACCAUACACCGCUCGGUGAAGCCACAGAUCCUGUCUGUGUUUGGAGACAUUGCUCUGAGCAUUGGACCUGAUUUCGCCAAAUACUUUGAUGUCGUGAUGCAAAUGUUGCUGCAGGCCAGCAACGCCCAAGUGGACCGUAACGACUUCGCUAUGGUGGAGUACUUGGGCGAGCUGCGCGAGAGCGUGCUGGAAGCGUACACCGGCAUCAUUCAGGGCCUGAAAGGAGCAGGGGGAGAGGUGCGCGCGGACGUGGCGCUGGUGGAGCCGCACGUGAACGCGAUCGUGACGUUCAUGAUGGCGGUGGCGGUGGAGCCGGAGCGCACGGACGCGCACAUGUCGGCCGUGGCGGGGCUGGUGGGCGACCUGUGCGCCGCGUUCGGCGCGCGCGUGCUGCCCGUGCUGGAGCAGCGCCCGCUGCUGGACCUGCUCGCGGCCGCGCGUCGCUCGCGCACCACGCGCACCAAGACGCUCGCCAACUGGGCCACCAAGGAGAUCCGCAAGCUCAAGCAGCAGGCGCCGCCCGCCAGCUGUUUGUCGACGUCGUAUGCCUACGGUGAAGUCUCCGCGAGUCCAGUGCGCGUAUAGUCGAUUUGAAAAAACGCUAUGUAAAAGCGACGUAAUGCAGUUUCAAACCACCUGCUGCUGGUAAACAACUCAAAUGUAUGUCAGGUUAUGUAUAGCGUCUUUGGUGUCAUUAUUCAUAAGUCGUUAGGUGCAUUCGAUUCCGGGCUUUUUUCUUCCGGCAUAAUUUCACUAGACUGCAUACUAUUUUGGGGAAUUAAGUCUUAUAAGCUGAUUGUGUGCGCUCAAUCCUAAUAAUAAAGUGCACUUUUAACCAAUCAAUACAAGGAGAUAAAUAAAUGAGGUACAAACGCGGUCACGCCGAUGGAAUAGCUGUUUUACCCUAAAUUGCUUCUAUCCCGUCACCUUUUGUAUCAGAACAGAAUAAGUGUGGGCGGCCCAAGUGAUUGAUUUUAUAUUUGACCACUGGACUGCUUUUUUAACUCCAUUGCUUAAUUUUAACAUUUUAGUAUUAAUACUGAAGUUAUUUCAGCGUCGAUUGUUCUUAUAACGUAGAUUAUAUCAAUAACUAUUGUAAAAAAAGAAGCAUGAGAAAAGUAGUUUGGAUUUAUUUAUAAGCAAUCAUUUAUUUAUAAAUGGUUACUGGUAUUGACGUUUUUUUUUAAACCGUGAUGAUAGUGUUUAAUGCGUAGUUUUUUUUUGCGUUUAUUAACACUGCUUUCUCUGUUUCUUAUUUUGAUUAGUUUGUCGGCUAUGUAAAUAGUUGACGAGUAAACAUAGGGAAGAGGCAAUGGCAAGCCGGUUCAUGUAAAAUGCCGAUUGUGAUGGGUGAGGGAACUACCCUAUGUUUAUUUUUUCCUGUAGUGUAUUUUCUAUCAUCUCCUAACAGUUAUACUUAAGUAGGCUCUAGCGAGUUUUAUACCCCUACAAAGUAUGCAGAUGACAUUAUAUCCGGAUUUAAUUUAAAGCAUUAAAUGAUAUCAAGUCGAUAAAUGAUCGACAAAAUGCCUGCGAACAGUGCACCUGGCGCGGUUUACUAUUCGGAGUAAUUUAAGUACGCCUGGCUAUAGUAAUCUUUCCAUGUUAAUCUUUAAAGUUAAAGCAUUUUUCCUAUUUGGUAUUUUAAAUACAGACAGUGGCUGUGGUAUGUUUACUUAUGUGAGAACAAAGUGAUAGUGAAUUUAAUUUGAAAGCGCGACAGUAUGAAAGAGGACGAAUGUUAUUUUAGGCAUGCACAUGUGCGAGGGAUUAUGAAUUUUAUAAAUUUAUUACUAAUUGUGUUUCGUAACAGUGCGAAAAGACGUAUGAAUGAUCGAGAAUGCAUGUAUCAUGUAGCAGGAGACGAUGAUGAAUGGAUGAUUAUCACAGAUCUUUUGUAAACUAAGGCAUGUGUCGAUCUUAACUUAACGGAGAGAUGGAUUAUUGUAUAAGGUUCCAUCAAGUUUAAUUGAGACAGGAGGCCGCCAUAUUGGUGAUAGCUACUUGUUCAUCACAGUACUCUACCAAACAACAAUACGAUUAUUUGCUUUAAAUAAAAUUUGUUUAAGCAAAAUGCAUAUUAUUUGUAAUAAAACAAACCAUUGAAACUUAAGGUUCUCUUUCAUAUUAAACAAGUAUUUGUGAUGAGUAAGUAGACGCUGCCUUCGGAUCUCGAGCUUACAUUAUUUGUACAUAUGUAAUUAAUAUCGUUUCCUUGCGACAUUGAGUGGCAAUCUAUUGUUGGCCAUGCGACUGAAACUACUGAACCGAAACUUUAAGAAUAGGAAUAUCAAAUACAGUGAGUUUAAAUUAAAACCAUGGAUAUUAAGUCUGUGAAAUCAGCUCAAUUUGGUACUAAGCUAAAUUAUUUUGUUAUAUCAGCGACGUAACAAAAUUACAUAUUUUAAUUAAAUAUAGGAUAUUAAACUAGUUUGUCAACGGUGCGCGUCUAUUUUUGAGCAAUUCCAAUAACGGUGGUUUGGAAUCGCUAUUUCGAUAAUAAUUUUUCAUCAAACCAUAACCUUUGUUAUUCGUUCGUUUUCUUAAUGCGUUUGCUGGUUAGAUUUAUGUUCAAUAUAGUAAGGUAUCCCAAAUUGUUUUUAACCCUGCCAACUAAACUUGGCAACUACAGAACCGGAUAAUUUGAAAAGCACCAACAAACCUAUCAAAUGUCGGUGAAUUUUGGUGCUACUUGUGAAGAGAGGAAAUGAUGAAUGGGCCAAAACUUUUUGAAUUAUACGUUCAAAUACGCGGUUUUUUUAUAUUAAACGUACGUCAAGAAUUAUAAUUUUUGUUGCGGCAAUUCCAGUCAUCUCAUUAAUUAAACUGUCAUGUGUGCGUCAGCUUAUUUUAAAGGUACUUCUAGGGUGUCUAUCUCGCUCGUUACCUAAAUGAUUGUCCAUAAACUAGGUAGUUUAAAAACUCUUCGUGUUACCUGUUUCUUAACAUAGUCGAUUCUUGGUUACCUAGUUUUAUGAGUAAUGUAGACUAAUUAAGCGAUGCUCAUUUUGCAGAUCGCUGAGUAGCACGGGUAUGAUAUUGAUGUACCUACUUAUUUAUUUUAAAGAGUUAAUCCUCAAAUGACUGUUAAAACACAUCGCAGUUUGAUAUUGUUGCCAUAAACGUCGAUUGACUAAAGUGCCUUUUACUCGUACGAACUGGUGACGCUUCCUGAAACAAAAUAUAAAACACUCUUUAUCGGUUGUUGAUGUUAGAUUUAAUACCAUCGCAAAUGUGUACUGCUUAUCAUUUUGUAUCUAUAAUUACCGCACCGUAGAGCUUGUACCUAUAAAAUGGGUACCGAGCAGGAUUGCGCGUUACACAAAUGCGUUACUUUACAAUAGGUAGCGGAACUGGUCAAGUUUAUGCGGGGCGGGCACGGGCAGGGCGAGCUGUGGCCAACUGGCCACUCGCCGGGCGGACCGCGCCCCCAUGCCGUGUGGACCGAGCACUGAGCACUCUGAGCAGUGAGCAGGUCGCCAGGUGAAUGCCGAUUGAGUUAGAGUGUCUGCUAGUCUGUGAGCAUCACUGACAGGGAUGAUGUUUGCGCGAAUUAUGCAAGAUUUUUUAGUGUGUCUUAUUGAUCUUCAUAUUUUAUUUGUGAUGAUCAAAUGAUGCGCCGUAUUUAAAGUUUGUUUAAAUUGAGUAUGAUAGGAGAAUGUGUGAGGACUAGUGCCAUGCCAUGAAAGGUUCUGAAUUAGAAUCGAAGGCAUCGAGUCGAUGAAUACCACCCACUUUUCCUGCGCGAAAAUCGAUUAAAAUUAUUUUGUUACAUCAUUUUAUUUAAUUACUUUCUUUUGACUCUGAAUACUAUUCUGUAAACUGUUCUAUAAUAAAUAAAACAUUUAGAUGUUAACAA